UAUUAGGAAACAAGAGAUAUCAACCCAUUUGUCCCCCCGGUAUUUAACCAUUAUUAGGAAACACGAGAUAUCAACCAAUUUGUCCCCCCGGUAUUUAACCAUUUCCUUUCCGUUUUAUUUGUGCCUACUCUCGAGUAUUUGUUGUUCACUUCGUUUAUAUCGACGACCAGCCAUCUGAGAACUGUUUAUUAGGGAAGGAUUUUGUUCUCAUCUAUCGCUCCUCAAUCCCUCCUGCCUCUGCCUCUCAGAAGAGAGAAAAAAACCCUACAAUUGUUUUUGAAACCCUGCGAAAAUGGCCGCAGUUGCUAAUUCUGCCAUGUUGCUUCAUUCUUCCUCCAAUAGAGGUCUUUCUUUGAAGCCCUUGGAUCAUGGCGUUGUGAAUAUUACUCCGAGGAACCUGUCUUUUAGUUCCACCCAGCAAAGGAAAGAAAAAAGCCUGAGCUGUGACAGUCCAUUUACUGUGCGAUGUGGAUACAGUGGGGAUGCUGGAAGACCAAGUAGUGCAAGUAUUUUUGUUGGAGGCUUUGUAUUGGGAGGAAUUAUCGUGGGAACCCUUGGUUGUGUAUAUGCCCCUCAGAUUAGCAAAGCGCUAGCUGGAGCUGACAGAAAAGAUCUGAUGCGGAAGCUACCAAAAUUUAUUUAUGAUGAAGAAAAAGCGUUGGAGAAAACGCGGAAAGUAUUAACAGAAAAGAUCGCACAGCUAAACUCUGCCAUAGACAAUGUGUCAUCUCAGCUUCGAGCGGAUGAUGAGCCGAAUGGGGUGGCUGUGGCUUCUGAUGAAGUUGAAGCUGCAAUUUAGAAAUGCGGAAGCACCCUUGGCAGUGGCGUGUUUGUUGCUAUAAGGGGCAAAGAGAUUUGUCCAUGCAGUUUAUUUGACAUGAUAUUUUUGAAUUUUCUUGUUGGGAACACAUUUGUGAAGAAUUUCGUAGCUAAUGCAUAAAGAAGAUUACUGUCUAUGUUUUCAUGUGAUUCAAA